AUGAAGAGAUGGGGCAGCAGCGGGCAAGCCGCCGAUUCCUUCUACCAGGUCCGCCCCGAUUGCAGCCAAAACGUCCCCAACACCAAGUUCAAGAUCAAGGCGGGGAAGACACUGAGCGUUCGGAAAUGGCAUGCUGCCUUCACGCGUGACGGAUGCCUGGAUAUCGCCUCUGUUCUCAGCCGCAUACAGAGAGGGGGUGUGCACCCCGCGAUCAGGGGAGAGGUUUGGGAGUUCUUGCUCGGCUGCUUUGACCCUGGCAGCACCUUCGAUGAGAGGGACCAGAUUAGGGAGCGGAGAAGGAUGCAGUAUGCCAGAUGGAAGCAAGAAUGCAAAGAAAUGGAUUCUCAUGUUGGCAGUGGUAAAAUUAUCACCGCCCCGAUUAUAACCGAGGAUGGAUUCCCUAUUAAGGAUCCAUUGGUAUUACUUGAGGCUACUUCAGACACGCAAGGUACUUCAAUCACCACCAGCGGCAGCAGUGGAAAUGGAAUUGAUGUUGACAACUCCGUGAACCGUGUCUUGGAUAAACAAAUCAUUGACUGGAAGCUUACGUUACAUCAAAUAGGCCUUGAUGUUCUGCGCACUGACCGCACCAUGGUAUUUUACGAGAACAAAGAUAAUCUUUCAAAGUUGUGGGAUAUUCUGGCUGUCUAUGCAUGGAUUGACAAAGAAGUUGGUUAUUGUCAAGGAAUGAGUGAUUUAUGUUCACCCAUGAUAGUGCUACUCAACGAUGAAGCAGAUGCAUUUUGGUGCUUUGAGAGAUUGAUGCGUAGACUGCGAGGCAAUUUCAGAUGCACACAACAGUCUGUUGGGGUGGAAAACCAGCUUCAGCAUCUUGCUUCUAUCAUUCAGGUGCUCGAUCCAAAGUUACAUGGCCACCUAGAAACACUUGGUGGGGGUGACUAUCUCUUUGCAUUCCGCAUGUUCAUGGUAUUGUUCCGGCGAGAACUAUCAUUCGGGGACUCCUUGUACCUUUGGGAGAUGAUGUGGGCUCUAGAAUAUGAUCCUGACAUUUACUACACUUAUGAAGAGACUGGGGCUGCAGUCCACAAAAUUGAAGGAUUUAAACCAAAGGUAAAAUCAAUACGUCAGUUUGGCAAGUACGAGAGGGAGAAUAUGAAGAACAGGGCAAAUGGUGGUGAUGGACCUGUCCCUAUUUCCGUUUUCCUGGUUGCUAGUGUCCUGAAGGAGAACAGUCCAAAGCUUCUACAAGAGGCUCGAGGGAUUGAUGACAUUAUUAGGAUAUUGAAUAAUGUUAAUGGGAAUCUAGACGCGAAAAGGGCUUGCGUUGUUGCACUGAAGCUUCAUAGGAAGUACCACAAAAAGUUGCAGGAAAAGAAAUCCUAA